AUGGCUUCAGCUGAGGGAAUUUGCAUCUUUGAAGUGAAUGAGGAUAUCUUGUGCUCAACUUUGGUGGCAGAAAUGCUACAAAGUUGUACUUAUGAAGUGUUGAUGAAUGGUGGGAGGCCACUGGAAGCUCUAAGCAUUAUAUGUGCAAACCGAGAUUCAAUCAAGGUGGUCAUAACAAAUGCCCAGAGGGUUGAGGGAAUUUGGGCAAGUGACGUGCUUCAUUAUGUCAAAAACUCGCUCAAUUUGCCUAUUUCCUUUAUGUCACCUGAUAAUAACAAUUUGAACUUGGAAGAGUACACCUUCGGUGUGUAUCUUCUUAAGUCGUUCAACAAUGUUGACAUUGAUGAUCUUUUGAGAUCAGCAUCACUCAAGGACGAAGUGAGUCUUUUCCCGCAAUUACCUUCUUCGUCACAACAAGUUGUCUCAUCUACUGAGAGAAUUGCCGCUCCAUCAGAUGGGAGUAAACAAAUUAUGAACGGCACACAUAUUGCUCUACCAUUGGCCAUAGACGACCGUAUUAAUAACACUAAUACAAAAAUUACCGUUCCAGUGCCAGUGAACCAGAAUAGUACUCGCGAGAUAAUUACCGCUCCAUCGCCUAUCACCAAAACUCUAAAUGAUGGAGGACAACCAAAGACGGCGACAAAUCGAUAG